GAUGGAGAGCACACUGGAUAGACUCUCUCUUCUUCUCCUUCACUGACCACAUGUGACAAGUUGAAGUGAAGUCAGAAUGACUCUGGUGUCUCCUCUGUGAGCUCUCCUUUGCGCGCUCGUGUCUCAGCCUGGAUGAUGGAGGUGGAGGCGGAGAGCUGCUGGCAGCGUCUGCUCAGGCUGCUCCUUCUGAUCUGCUUCAUGCCUCUCCGCAGCUCGGCCAUCGAGACCGUGAACGUGGUGGACUUCUGUGGCCAGACGAUCCGCAGUGACGGCAUGAUCGUCAACUCACACCAGGAAUCCAAGAAGUACUACUUUGUGACCAUGGCAACUGACUGCCAUCUCACAAUGCAGGCCAGCUCCCCUAAAGACAAGGUCCAGUUCCACUUCCGCUUCUUUCUGGUAUACAGUUUGCUACGAGUGGCCCCUCUGAGCCCGGCCCCUCUGCUUCCAGAGUCCCCUCGAGGCUCCGCCCCUCUCAACCCCAGACUGGAGCCCACAUCUGGUGAAAGCUCAGGAGAUCCAUGUCAUGCUGGCUCAUAUGUCCAGUUCUAUGACGGACGGGACAGGAGCUCGCCUCCCCUCGGGCCUCCUCUUUGUGGGAAGAGCCCACCCCGGCCGGUGCUGUCCACAGGAAACUACCUGACCCUGAGGCUGGUGACCCGGGGGACUCAACCCAGAGUGGACUUUGUGGGGGACUUCACCUCCUUCAGACUGGGUUUUAACCAAUCUCAGUGCAGCAAUGAGCCCUAUUUCACCUGCAGGAAUGGGAAGUGUAUCCCUCUCAGUCUGGUGUGUGAUGAUAAAGGCAUUGACAACUGUGGGGAUGGCAGUGACCUGGAGGAAAACCUGACUACAGGUUGUAAAGCAGGUCAGCUUUUAUCUCCUGAACCUCCACCGCCAAUAGCAACCCCACCUCCACCUUUUGUAAAUCCACCCACAGUGCCGAUGUCUUCACACAUCAAUUGUGGCAUGCCAGACAGCGCUCCCAGUCAUGAGUCUGUAACAGACUCCCCCGCCUCCCUGUCCCUGUUAGUUCUCUACAUCAUCCUGGGAGUAGUGGCAGGCAGCGUGGUGCUCUGCUGGUGCUGCUGGUCACCCGGCUGGUUCCUGUGGCGCGUCAGCUUCUGUCGCUUCGUACCUUGCUGCAACUCGGCCUGCGCCUCCUGCCAGCUCUGCGCCCGCAGCUGCACCAACAGCAAGGAGCGCCGACUGGCAAAAGUUACCCCACACACACCAGUCAACGGCACCCCGGCAGGCCCGGCAGCCACCAACAACAGUGCUGAUGAAAAUGUAACCACGGCAGCUGUCUAGAGCAGGAGGACUAUGAUCAGUUUUGUCAUGUUGGGACAUGGGUGCAGUGGUAUGCUGAUACUGAGCUGUGAUCAGUGAACAGACAUGAACAGUUGCUGCGUGAGGCAGUGCAACAUGACCAAGAAUCUUUACAGUGAAGGUUGGACUGAUGUGGUCCAGUAUGUAAUUCUGAAAUGAGCAGAGCUGAAUGGUUUAACUGUGGUUUGUGUGCUUUAAAUGUGAUGAUGCAGGUGAUGACACUGUUGUGUUUAUAAGAAGGUAAAGCAGGGUACAGUAUGACUAUGGAUUGUGUAAAAAGUAUGAAUGUAUCUGAAAGGAUAAGA